AUGAAUUUCUUUGAUAGUUGCCGUGGCGACCAAAUGACCCGGUAUACAAAUGCCGACUUCAACGAUGAUGAUAGUGUUAAUAGUGUUCAAUUAACUGAAGGUAUUAGUACCAGUGCCACCCAUAUUAGGUAUCACACCGGUAGUACCAUGUGGAAACAACGAUCUCCCCUAGAAAAAAUUCUUUUACUACUUAUAGGAAUGUUAUUUUUUGUGAUAUUUGUACUAGCUGUUAUCCUGCAUAUAGCUGAACAUAGAUUGUUAGACAAUAAGAUAAACGAACUAAAAACCCAAAAUGAACAACCCUGCUUAAAUCAAUCUUGCAUCCACAUAGCGAACAAUUUGCUACUAGCCAUGGAUAGCACCGUGGAUCCAUGCGAUGAUUUUUACGCUUAUGCGUGUAAUGGAUGGGUUAAAGCCAACCCUGCACCCGAUGGUAAACCCCAGUGGGGUACAUUUUCCAAGCUGGGGCAGCAGAAUCAGUUGGUGAUCAAACAUGGAUUAGAACAACCCAUAAAAAACUUUAAGUCAAAAGCGCAGCAAAAAGCGAAGCUCUACUACGAGUCUUGUUUAGAUGUUAACGAUACAGUGGAGAAAUUGGGGGCUCAGCCUUUAUUAGACGAGUUAAAAGUUAUCGGGGGUUGGAAUAUCAGCGACAAGAACUUUAAUAUUUCCAAAUGGUCACUACAGCAAAUCAUCCAGACAGUUCAAAACCGAUACAACAUAGGAGGUUUAUUUUCAUACGCGGUUGGUGAAGAUGACAAGAACUCAUCCAGAUAUAUAAUACAGAUUGAUCAAAGCGGGCUUACAUUACCUACCAGAGACAGUUAUUUGAACAAAACAGCUGAGCAUCAGAAGGUUCUGGAUGCUUAUUUGGAAUAUAUGACAAAGGUUGGUGUGCUGCUUGGUGGCGAAGAAAACAUAACAAAACAACAAAUGAAGGAAGUAAUAGAAUUUGAAACGGAAUUGGCCAAUAUAACGACACCAAGUGAUAUGAGAAGGGAUGAAAGUACUUUUUAUCAUAACAUGACGAUUCAAGAGCUAAAUACUAAGGCUGGUUUUAUUGAUUGGAGAAAAUUUUUUGAAGACGCCAUGAAGAUAGUUAAUAAAAAAGUGAGUUCCAAGGAACCAAUUGUGGUUUAUGCUGUUGAAUACCUAUCAAACCUAACUCUACUCAUAGACAAGUACCAAAAAACACCACAGGGAAAAAACACCCUAAAUAACUACAUGGUAUGGCAAUUCGUCCGAUUUUUUACCGUAUAUUUAUCCAAAAACUUCAGAGAUGCUUACAAGAUCCUAAGAACUGCAAUGACAGGACCUGACAGCGGAGAUGAGGCCCAAUGGCGCUUCUGCGUUGAGGAUACCACCAACCAAUUAGGUUUUCCAGUGGGAUCAAUUUUCGUGCGCGAAGUCUUCCAUCAGGAGUCCAAAAUCCACGCUGAAGAGAUGAUUAAUAACGUACGAAACGCGUUUAAAAACAACUUUAUCAACUUAGAGUGGAUGGAUGAAGAGACAAGAAAUUUGGCUAUUGCAAAAGCUGAUGCUAUUUCCGAUAUGAUUGGAUAUCCAGAAUUCAUUAACGAUUUCAACCAACUGGAUAAGAGAUACGAAAAUUUGAGUGUUAGAAAUGAUACCUACUUUAAAAAUAACAUUAAUAUAUUGGUGCACAAUUUGAAAAAGAAUUUGGAGAAAAUUAAGGAAAGUGUCAACAAGACUACUUGGAGCAUGUCUCCAUCCACAGUAAACGCAUACUACACCCCAACCAAAAACCAGAUGGUAUUCCCCGCAGGAAUCCUGCAAAACCCCUUCUAUGACCCCGACUUUCCCGACAGCCUGAACUACGGUGGAAUGGGGGUGGUAAUGGGUCACGAGUUAACCCACGGCUUCGACGAUCAAGGCCGCCAAUUCGAUAAGAACGGCAAUCUAAAUCAUUGGUGGAACAAUAAGACCAUCGAUAAGUUUAAGGAGAGGACCAAGUGCGUGAUUGAUCAAUAUCACAAUUACAAGAUAAACGGAAGGAAUAUAAAUGGCAAUCAAACUUUAGGAGAGAACAUCGCCGAUAAUGGAGGCUUAAAGGCAUCAUAUCACGCUUACUUGGAGAUAAUGAAGCAUAAAUCUGAACCCAAGAAGUUACCAGGUCUUAAUUUGAAUCACAAACAACUGUUUUUCCUAGCUUUCGCUCAGGUUUGGUGUUCAACAACCACAAAAGAAACUUACAGUUUACUGAUCGAAAAAGAUUCACAUUCUCCUGCUCAGUUGAGGGUCAUUGGUGCUCUAAGCAACCUUAAGGAGUUUAGCGAUGAGUUUAAAUGCAAAGUUGGAUCCAAGAUGAAUCCGAAGAAUAAAUGUGAAGUAUGGUAA